GAAUUACCCUCUCUCCUUUCCCAAGACUUUCACUCUCUCUCACCAUGAAGAAAACCAUCUCCAAGGUCUCCAAGAUCUUCAACGGCAGCAAAAAGUCUAAGGAGGAUGAGAGUGUCUCUUCCAUCACCCCUGCGCAAUUGGGGGAGAUGAGGGGAGUCAUUCCUCCUGAUUAUGGCGUCCAGGAAGCCGCGGGUACUACUUUGGAGCGCAAUCCUGACUCCUCCCGCCGACUGGUCAUCCACUACGACUCGGUGAGGAUGGGAUGCCGCUUCCCUCUCCAUCCCCUCUUGGUCGAACUUUGCAACCGUUACGCCAUCCCUCCCGGUCAGAUUUCCUCGAACUCCCACGAGAGUCUUUUUGGCUUCUUGGCGCGGUGUCACAAGAGAGGCAUCCAACCCACUCUGAAGCUCUUCCUCUCUUUCUUCCGUCCCCACAAGUAUGAUGGCGAGUUGGGCCGGGGGUUCGUGAGCUUCACGGCCCGGACCGACAUGCAGUUUUUGGAUAGCCCGGUCGACAAACUUGACGAUUGGUUCCGCCGCUUCUUCGUUGUGGUAGUUCCCGAAGAUCUUCCCUUCCCCAAUAUGUGGCGGAAGAAGGAAGAUAAGUUCCCUUCUCACCUUUUUCCCCCUCGUGACUCGGAGCUCGAGGGGGUCUUCCGUCUUCUUCGCAAGAACGGCCAUCCGGUCCCCCGCGCGCUCCUCCUCAAGGACUCGUAUUUUCGGGGUCUCGGAUUCUGGGUGUCUCCCGAUAUUCCUCCUCAAGAGCCGUCGGGAGACACAACUUCCUCUUGGGUUCCCCCUUUCAGGAGUACUCGACUCCGUCGGCGAUCUUCUCGAAGAGAUCCUUCUCCGGAGGAGGACACCGAGGGCGAAGAAGUAGGGUCCGCGACGGGGGCCCUAUCUCUGGCCAAUCCCGACCAACCUCCCCUUUCGGAAGAGGUGGUAGUUGAGGACGUCUCCGAAGAUGAUGGCCUCUACGACUUCCCUCCGGGGACCCUGAGGGUGUCCGGCCUUAUUCCCGGCGUUCCUCACACUCCUCUCUUUGGCAGGGGAACUUCUUCUUCGGCUCAGCCCAUGGGCCCACUAGGUUUCCACCCCCAAACCAGUGGGCCCCUUCCGAUAGGGCGCGCCACUGGUUCGCAAGGGUCCCUUGAGCCGUCUCACGUUCAGGAGAUCGGGUCUUCCUCUUCUUCCCAGGUCCGCCACAAGAGGGGCCGGAACUCCACCCCUCUCCCCGGUUCUCUGGUGUCCGCCGGUCCUCUCAUGGGGACCGCCGAUGAUGACUUUCUCAUUGGGCAAGGGAGUCAACCCUUUCCCUAUGCCCGGGAGGCCUAUCAGUUCACAGGAUACACGUCCUGGGUAGGACGAGACUUCAACAACAAGCUUCAAGAAAUACAACAGUUCAAGAGGGACCAUCCUGACGUGGUCCACAGCCCGGCCUGGCCAUUUAUGCAGGAGGAGUACACUUGUAUGGCCGAUUAUGUUGCCACUUCCUCUGCUCAGCGCCAUUCCCUUCGUCUAUUGGACCGCAAUGCUGCAUUAUCAAAGGAGCUGAGGGAUCUCAAAUCUCGGCACUCUAUCUGCGUUGAGCGUCCGGAAUAUGAUCGGGUUUUGUCCGAGAACGAUCAGCUCUACUCGGACCGUGAGCGGCUUGCGGCCAAGGUCGGGCAGCGUGAUCUCAACCGGGUUCACGACCUCAAGGAGAUAGAAUUCCUGAGGAGGGACUUGGAGCGGCAGGUCAGAGAGCGUGAAUUGCAAGUUCGAGAGGAGGCAGAACUUCACCGAAGGAGAUCGGAGGAGGAGCUAGAGCGAACGUGGCGUCGUCGAUCCGAGGAGGAAGCGAGGAAGGCGGCGGAAGAGGUCGAGCGGAAGUGGCGCCUCCAACAUGAAGAAACGGAACGUCAACUUUCUCAACGGGUCAACGAGCUAAACCUGACCCUUAUGGAGGAGAGGCGUUCAGCUCGGAGUUCCCUUGAUGAGGCCCGCCGCUCGCUCGAGAACGAGCGUCUCACAUAUGAGGGACAUAUGGCUCGGAUGGAGGCCGAUCGCAUUUCAGACUAUGGCCGGGGUUUCUAUCGUGGAGGUUUGGAGGUCCAAGACAAAUUUUAUCGUGGACUGGAGCCUUACUCUGAUGGACUAGAUCCUUGGCUGAAGUUUCCAGGCGUCCCAGGACCCAUGGGACCAGAGCCUUCUUUCCUCCGUUCCUCUCCCUCGCCCUAAAUUCUAAAGUCUUCAUGUGUUCUUGUAUUGGCUUUGUCAUUUCUUUGUAAGGAUCGGUCCUAGGACCCAUGGGAGCGGUCCUUACUUCUUUGUAAGGAUCGGCCCUAGUUUGUUUAGGAACGGUCCUCAUUUUUUUUUUAACAUCUCAUGGACCGGAACAAUUGAUGAUGAAUGGAAAAUUUCUUCUUCAUAUUAAGCACAGUACAAUCCAUUCUCUUUGAACAAAAGGAAAAAAGAAAACUUUAAGAGCGGG